CUUCAAUUAUAGUAAAUUUCAAUGAUUCAAAUUUAGUAUUUAAUGAUGAUAUGGAUCUGGAAGAAGAAAUCGAAUUUGCUAAAAAACCAAAAAUAUUAGAUAUUGAAACUGAGAAAAAAAUAUAA